CAUUUUAAACAAAUACUCCAAAGAGAAGAGAAAAUGAAGAAAUUGUUUGUUCUAUUUAUUGUAUUACUACUAUACUCGUAUGUUGCAGCUGAGUUUUUAUCGCCGUCAGAGUCACCUUUGGUUUCAGAGUCACCUUUAGUAUCACCGUCAGAUGCACCUGUGGUUUCAGAGUCACCAUUGGUAUCACCAUCAGAUGCACCUGUGUUGUCAGAGUCACCUAUUUUAUCACCGUUAGGCACGCCUGUGUUAUCUCCAUCAUCUGAACCAUCAAACAAUGAUUGUGCUACUGUAAUUUUCAGCAUGUUCGAUUGUCUUUCCUUCUUGACAGUCGGGUCAAAGGAUCGUAGUCCAACUAAAUCGUGCUGUGAUGGUGUUAAAACAGUUCUUGAAUAUAAUCCUAAUUGUCUCUGCAUUGCAUUGGAGAGCAGCCGUGACAUGGGAUUUGAGUUAAUUAAUAGAAAAGCUCUUGCCAUGCCUUCUAUUUGCAAUAUUUUCAUUAAUCCUCAUUGUGAUGUUGCAUCAAGUCCGACUGCAUCAAUCUCAACACCAGGAACAACUACGAUUUCUCCAUCGGAACCACCUACAAAUCUAUCACCACCUGUGGUUAUGACCCCAUCACCGCCAACGGUUACAACUUCGUCACCACCAGCGGUUAAUGCUCCAUCACCACCAACGUUUACGACUCCAUCACCACCAACGUUUACAACUCCAUCACCGUCUGUUAAUCCUUCACCACCGGCGGUUAUUACAUCACCGGCUAGGACUGCUUCACCACCAACGAUUACUCACUCAUCACAGUCAUCACAAGCGAUGACUGCUUUGUCACCUGCAAUAAUUGCUCCGUCACCAUCUAAAUCUGGAGCCACGAACUUGUCCAUAUCCAAGCUAUUCCUUAGGAUCGUCACAAUUUCUACUUUUGCUUAUGUUGUUUCCUUCAAUUUAAUUUAG